AUGGCCGAACUAGACCAUCGUAUGGCUUCUAUCAAGCCCCGAUUGAAGUACAACACCAUCGGCGGUGUCAAUGGCCCCCUCGUUAUCCUCGACAAUGUCAAAUUCCCACGUUAUAACGAGAUUGUCAGCUUGACGUUACCUGAUGGCUCGGAAAGAGCUGGCCAGGUCCUGGAAGCCAGAGGAAGCAGAGCAGUAGUCCAGGUGUUCGAAGGGACUACAGGUAUCGAUGUGAAGAAGACCAAAGUCGAAUUCACUGGUCACAAUCUCAAAAUCGGUGUAUCAGAAGACAUGCUUGGGCGUGUCUUUGAUGGAUCAGGAAGAGCUAUCGACAAAGGUCCCAAAGUACUGGCAGAAGACUAUCUAGACAUCAACGGCAGUCCCAUCAACCCAUACUCUCGAGUUUACCCCGAAGAAAUGAUCUCAACUGGUAUCUCCGCCAUUGAUGCAAUGAACUCCGUCGCCCGAGGACAGAAGAUCCCUAUCUUCUCUGCCGCCGGUUUACCCCACAACGAAAUUGCUGCUCAGAUUUGUCGACAGGCAGGUUUAGUCAAAGUCACCAAAGGCGUUCACGAUGAUCAUGAGGACAACUUCAGCAUUGUCUUUGCAGCCAUGGGUGUCAACAUGGAAACAGCUCGAUUCUUCACAAGAGAUUUCGAGGAGAACGGUUCUAUGGAACGAGUCACGCUGUUCUUGAACUUGGCCAGUGAUCCUACCAUUGAACGUAUCAUUACCCCUCGUCUCGCCCUAACAACCGCGGAAUACUACGCCUACCAGCUAGAGAAGCACGUCCUAGUUAUUCUCACAGACUUGUCCGCAUAUUGCGACGCUCUUCGAGAAGUUUCUGCCGCCCGUGAAGAAGUGCCGGGUCGACGUGGUUACCCUGGUUAUAUGUACACCGAUCUGUCCACCAUCUACGAGCGAGCAGGUCGUGUCGAAGGAAGAAACGGUUCCAUCACGCAGAUUCCCAUCUUGACCAUGCCUAAUGACGAUAUCACACAUCCCAUCCCUGAUCUGACUGGCUACAUUACCGAAGGUCAGAUUUUCGUCGAUCGUCAACUAGACAACAAGGGCAUAUAUCCACCAAUCAAUGUGCUUCCUUCUCUAUCUCGACUGAUGAAGUCUGCCAUUGGUGAGGGAUUGACAAGAAAGGAUCACGGCGAUGUUUCCAAUCAAUUGUACGCCAAAUACGCCAUCGGUCGUGAUGCGGCAGCCAUGAAGGCAGUGGUUGGUGAAGAAGCAUUGAGCGCUGAGGACAAGCUUUCGCUCGAAUUUUUGGAGAGAUUCGAGAAACAAUUCAUCUCACAAAGCCCCUACGACAAACGGACCAUUUUCGAGAGUUUGGACAUUGGUUGGAACUUGCUCCGAAUCUUCCCCAAGGAAUUACUGAACCGUGUCAACCCGAAACUGUUGGAUGAGUUUUACGCACGCAAGGGACAUGCGAAGAAAGAAAAGGCUGGCAACAAGGAUACGCGUGAUAACGAAGGUGGUGAUAGACAGGUGAAUGGUGAUGGAGAACCCAACCUGUUGGAUGACUAG